UGGAGUGUGUGGGUGGUAGUGACAAGAGAUACAAUGACAAGACAUUUUACCAUGUCAUUCCUGAAUCUCAAAGAUCUCUGGAGACUUGUUAGUCCUACCCUCUGACUUAAUACACAAAAAGUCUCUAUCUGAAUACCUUUACACGGUGCAGUUUGUCUUAGAAAUAAACAAAGAGAAAUUUGAUGUUUUUAACAGAUUUUCUCCAUUGACUUGGACGGUUUUUCACUACAGUUGUUUGCUAUCACACCAAUCAAGCUUCUAAAUCUUCUUGUCCAAAGGAAAUGACUACUCGAUAGCUCUCUCAUUUGAUUGGACAAACUUGAGAGGCUUAUCUUCAGUCUUCAACGAGCCUAGCCACAGCCUUACGAUUAUUCUCUUUUGCUUUCACUGAACCGGGAAUUGGCAAAAAAGGAAUAUUUACCACUGUCUUGGUCAACGGUUUUUGUGACGAGCAAACUCGUCAAGCUGGAAUAGUUAACCUACAGUAAUUUUCAAGGACUUAUAAUAACUCCUUUAGAGGGGCUAAUAUACUCCUUACAGUGGAGUUAUUUUAACUUCAAAAAGGAGAACAAUUUUUCAAGUGCAAAAAUCACCCCAGAUAUUGAGGAGUUAAAAUAACCCCCCAAAAGGAGUUUUCCUGUACCUAAAAUUUUUACUUUCAGAGUUAAAGUAACUUCACAUUAUAGAUCUUCGUUGGAACGUAAUUUACGUCAUGGUUUUAUAACAGAAGCAAAAACAGGCGUUGUGACCAUUAGUCACGAAAACUAGGAAAAUGCACCACAUUCGCCACUUAAGAUUGCUAUACUUGGAACAGGGAAAAAAUUCGACCCAUUAAAUUGACCGGCGCAUCCCCAAAUGAUGAGAAUGAUGAUGAUAAUGACGAGUAUGAUUAUGAUUAUGAUGAUUUCGGAUAGUGAGGCAGUAAUGGUGACCACGACGUUUGUGCAGCGGUGUGGAGGUUGAGGUGAUCAUUGCUAGAUCCAGACCCGAUGGCCGGGUCGGACCGCCAUCUGGCGGAUGAUCAUGCUGAAAGUGAUUACAUAACCUUUCCUCAGUUUACAAGAUCAGGUAACUAGGCGGCAAGGUUAUUUUUAGAACGAUUUUAGCACGAAUUUAGAAUAACUUUUAAGCCCUACAAAACAGUCAGCAAAACCUACAAAAGAGACCUAAAAAUGUAUUUUUGACCUUUAAAUAACUUUUGGUUUUCCUUUUUCAUAUCUUACAUUUCCAUUUUCGGAAGAAAAAGUGCUCAAAAAUGCAUCUAAAAAAAUAAACUUGACCGUGAAAACGCCGUGACAUAGUAUGGGAGAUGCUCGCUCCGGGUUAAGGGCUCCGGGUACUUUGAUAGGGUUGUUUUGUUUCAAAUUGUGCUGAAAUGGCUUCAGGAAACUAUGAAUCAGACUUUCAAGGCAUGAGGGAGUAAAUUGAGACUUUGGGGCUGGUGUUGUUGAUGUUGACAGUGGUGGUGAUGGUAUGUUGACCAACUGAUGGUGACAUUACUGACAGUAGUAUUGAAGUGAUCGUUUCUAUGAAUCAGACUUUGGCCUGAGGGAUUAAAUUGGCACUCUGGGCUGGUGUUGUUGAUGUUAACAGUGGUGGCCAUGGCAUGUUGCCUAAUGAUGGUGACAUUAUUGGUAGUAGUAUUGCUGAAGUGGUCGUGUCAGUGUGGUUGUUGAGGGAGUAAAUUAACACUUUGGGGCUGGUGUUGUUGAUGUUAACAGUGGUGGUAACAGCAUGUUGACUAACUGAUGGUGACAUUACUGCCAGUAGUAUUGAAGUGAUCGUGUCUAUGAAUCAGACUUUGGCAUGAGGGAGUAAAUUGGCACUCUGGGCUGGUGUUGUUGAUGUUAACAGUGGUGGUGAUGGCAUGUUGCCUAAUGAUGGUGACAUUAUUGGCAGUAGUAUUGCUGAAAAGAUCGUGUCCGUGUGGGUGUUGGGUAUGGUGGCGGAGGUGAUGCCAGUGCCGCAGCAGUGCUCAGCAGCGAUCAAGUAUCUAAAUAUUUCUCCAGUUGCUUAA